AUGACUCCUUACGUCCAUACCGGGCCGGUCAACUGCGACCAGGGCUUUGACACCGGCAAACUGAGAGACAAGCUAGCCAUCGUCACAGGAGGUGCUAGUGGGCUGGGUGAAGCCUACGUGCGAGCGCUGGUUGCUGCCGGGGCCUAUGUGUGCUUCGCCGAUAUUGACCGAAAUAAGGGCAAACAGCUGGAGCAAAAGCUCGUCCGAACCAAGUUCGUUGCCUGCGACGCUAGUCGUUGGGCUGAUCAGGAGCAACUAUUUCACGAGGCAGUGACCUGGUCCCCAACCCGCCGCAUACACUACGUGGUGGCAAAUGCCGGGAUCCAUCGUCCGGACGAAGUCUUCCUGCAAACUCCUCUUGCCCAGGAACCGUCCGAGCCGGAUCUGAGUAUCAUCGACGUCAACAUCAAGGGCCCUUUGUACACGGCAAAGUUGGCUGCGCACUAUUUCAUCCGCCAAAAUGGCACCACACCCACCCAUGAGCAGGAGGAUACCUGUCUGAUUCUUAUCGGGUCAGGCGCAGCUUUCCUGGACUGUCCCCGGGGACCGCAGUACAGCGCGAGUAAGUGGGCAAUGCGAGGGAUCAUGCAUUCGCUGCGGCGGACCACGUACUACUACGGAUCGCGCAUCAACGUGAUUUCUCCCUGGUACGUUCGAACCAAUAUCCUCUCGGAGGAGGCCUUCGCCCACGUCUCGAAUACCGGGGUGCAAUUCGCCACCACUGAAGAUGCCGGGCAGUGUCUACUGCGGGUGCUCAGUGACCCCACUGUCAAUGGUCAUUCGUUCUUCGUCACGGCGAGAAAGUGGGCAGCCAGGGGCUUCAUGGACCUGGAUUUGGAGGAUUACCCGGGAAAUGCGCUGCUCGGGGAGAUCCAGACCGAGCAGAUGCUGAGUGCGCCGGUGUCGGCGGGUUUGUUUGUGUGA